GCUAUUUAACAAUCCUUCAUUUAACAUGAGUGUGGUUUUUUUAAUAUAUUUUUUUAUUCUAUUGACGCUUGAUUUAGUCAUAGAUGCGAAGCGAUUAGACAAAAACAGUGAAUAUGGAGAGAGUUUUGAAGGUGAUAUCAUACUAACAUCAGAAGAGGCACGUGCUUUAAUCUUAUCGCCACGAAAUGGAUUGAUUAAUAGUAAUAAGCGAUGGCCAAAAAAUAUCGUUUACUAUGAAAUGGAUGAAAAUCACUCAUUACUAGAGCAAUCUGAAAUUGAAAGAGCGAUGAUAUUAAUCGAAUCAGUAUCAUGCAUUCAAUUCAAAGAACGCUCCGACGAAGAUGGAUAUAUCGAAUUCAAUGCACUUAGUUCAGGUUGUUCUGCACACGUGGGUUACCAAGGCAAAGCGCAAAUUUUGAAUUUAUCGCCAAACUGUUUUCGUCAAUUUGGAACCGUAAUUCAUGAAAUAUUACAUGCUCUCGGAUUUUAUCACAUGCAGAGUGCACACGAUCGAGAUAAUUACAUAAAAAUUGUCUACGAUAAUGUUAAAGCUGGAAAAGAGCAUAAUUUUCGGAAAUAUAGCUCACAAAUGGUAACACAUUUUGGCCAAAAUUAUGAUUACGCCAGUGUUAUGCAUUACAGUAGAUAUGCAUUCACAUCGAAUGACAAGCCAACCAUUGAAGCUCUAGAUGAACGAUUUUCAAAAGUAAUGGGUCAACGAAAGGGAAUGAGUCAAGUUGAUGUACUCAAAUUGAAUGAAAUGUAUAAGUGUAAACAGCGCAGAUCUGUCUCUAACGGUGGAACAUUCUGUAUAAGGAAUCCGAACUUACCGUCUUGUGUUUCGGCCACAGAGUAAUUGCAGUCAACUUAUUUGCAAGCUAUUUUCGGGAAAAUAAAUAAAACCGCAAUUUUAUUCAUAUUGAUUUUCCAAUUUUCUAUUGGUAACUAUUAUUUACUUAAAAAAAAUUA